GUAGGCUAACAACAACCAAAGAAGGAGUAAACAUGGCACAAGAGAAAUCCGCGUUUGAACAAACUUUUUCUUUUAAUCCUCUUCCCUCAAAGACAUUCUCUUUCCUACAGGACAAAGGCGCUUUGGCAGUGUUCAUGAAAUGGUCCAUGCUGGGGAGGAUUUCAGCUCAGUCUUACAGCUUUGACCAGAGCUUUUACCCUUACAACAGUGAAAGGUUUGCUCUGUGUUUCUUCAGAGACCCUGAUGUGGCUGCCAAUCUGAAAAAGAUGGAGGCCGGAGUCUGGGUGCCUCUUGACAAGCCAGUAGUGUCUGUCGAUGUGGAGGUGGUGCCUUGUACUAAAGUUUCCAUGGAGCUGUUUGACCCAAUCUACUCUUGUGGCAUCCUGAGGGCCUCUGGACAUGUAGUUAAAUGCUUUCAUGACGUCUACCCCGACUAUGAUGAACUCAGACAGAUGCUGCAGGAAGAGGACAGUGAGCACUACUACGUGGUUGGGAGAGAGGAGCGAGGAGAGUUUCUGUUUCGCCUCUUCAAGCACCUGUGUCUCGGAGGAGAGCUCUGUCAGUAUGAAGACACCAUUGAUCCUUACAUCAACACUACGAAACGAGUGUACAAAGAUCUGAUCAGUGUUCAAAAGGAUCGAGACACAGAGAAGAUCAGUGUUGUCUCCACGGUGCUUAAAAUCAGUGCCUAUGAUGAGUCAGGACGAUGUUACCCAGGGAGACGAGAGGAGGAGCAGACGUUUGCCUAUUUAAUUAUCGACCCCUUCAAGCGACAUGUGACUUUGUUCUACCACUUCUACGGUGUUGGAAACUUCACGUCGUGACAGUGAAGAACCGGAAAUGGUCCUGUGGGCUGAAUCGGACCAGGGUGCAAAAGGGAAUAAUUUUCUGCUAUUGAAGUGUCACAAUAAAAUGUACCAGUCUUCAUUCACAAAUGAUUUACCUUACAUGUUAACUAUUUUUAAAACAUCAGUUCCAUGGUAAUGUUCGUCGAAUUUGAAUUAAACUUAAGAUUUUUUUGCC